AUAGUAACAAAGCCGGAUUAUUUGUGAGACCAAAUCUAAAUUUAUCAUCAGUUUAAGCGUCUUCAUGACACAGACAUCAACAAUGGCUUCAUUAACAAUACAAACAGAACCAUCAAGUAGCAAGGGAAGUUCAUCGAAGAGUAGUCGAUUAGACCGAUUGAAAAAUUUGGAAUUACGCAUGAAUGAAGCCAGAAAGCUGAAUCACAAAGAAGUUGUUGAAGAGGACAGAAGAAAGAAACUUCCUGCAAAUUUUGAACAAAAGAGAAAACGGAUAGAGUGGGAAGAAGAGGAAGAAAAAAAGAGAAAGGAUGCUGAGGCCAAAGGAGAAGAAUAUGACAGAGUAAAAUUGCUGGAGAUUGGAGCUGACGAGGCAGAAAAAUGGGAACGAAAAAAGAAAAAGAAGAAUCCUGACCCAGGAUUUUCUGGAUAUGAAGCAGCAACACGUCGACAGUAUGACAGACUCACUAAAAGUCUCAAACCGGACAUGGACAACUACAGCAGACAGAAGGAAAAGCUAGAAGAAGAUUUCUAUGCAACUGGUAACACACUGGGGCUUAAUCAGCGCAAAGAUCCUGAGGAGGCUGUGGACAGAAUGGUGGACGAUCUUGAGAAACAGAUUAAAAAGCGUGAGAAGUACAGUCGCCGCAGGACAUUUGAUGAAGACGCUGACAUUGAUUAUAUUAAUGAGCGUAACAUGAAGUUUAACAAGAAGUUGGAGAGAUUCUAUGGGACUUACACUGCUGAAAUCAAACAGAACCUUGAGAGGGGAACAGCUGUCUGAUCCAAAUCUAUACUACACGUACAAACAGACAAUACAAAUGUCAGUCGUUGUUUCUAAUGCAGAUAAUCUGUGUUCUAGUUACAGAAUAUCUUCAUCAAGAUUUAGUCAUACAGUACAUAUUUUCAAAAUGUGUACAUUGAGAAAGGAAAAGAAAGAAAUGAUUUAUUAAAGCUACUUCAGAUGAUUGUCAAAUGUAUAUCAACAAGACAGUUUUUAAUGACUUUAUCAGACUUUAUCAGAAGGAAAUAGAUUCAUCUAAACCAGUUCUUCAGUACAAUGUAUUAUAUCCUGUGUAUUUAUUCAUAAAACUAAUAAUUUAGGAAUGUGUUAUUCACAAUCUUAGUCUAUAAUUCAUAUUUUGUGGUUUCAUGUAUGUUGAAAAUAUAACAAAAAUAUUGUUCAUUCUGCUAACUCUAUUUACACUCCCAACUUAAUAAACAUGGGGUGUAUAGUAAUCACUGUUUGUGUAUCUGUGAGUGAGUAAAUGAGUGCAUUUGUAUGUGUAUCCGGGCAUGCACAUAUUUUUUCGUCUGUGAAAAGCCUGUUUACAAGAUAUCUACUAUGUAAUUAAUCCAUGGGAAGAUAGAUCAUAUUUACUCCAUAACACACCAUCAGAUUCUCAUGGAGUUAGAUGUCAGUGGUCAUCAGUCAGGAUUAGAGGUCAAGGGUUGUACUUGACCACCUAUAAGAUGAAAAGUAAGGAAUCCUCAUGAAUCCUGGGCAUUUUUAUUUCAUGGAAUGGGGGAAGGUGUAUAUAUGUUAGCCCCUACUCACUGCUUUAUAAAAAGUCUAAUAUCUAAGGUGGGGGGAUGAAUCUUUCAAGUUUUUGUUGGGUCUGUCCUCACCACAUCUAGGGGCUAUCUCAUAAACUGUCAAAAAGAUAUUUUGGACAGCUCUGUUUGAUUUCAAAUUGUUCAUAUUUUAUUUCUUUCUGUAUUAUAUAUUUACUCAUAUACUGUGUAAAUAGUCUCGGACAGCUUAAAUUGUGUUUGAUGAUGAACAUGGAUUUCCUUUCCUUUUGAUUUCCUUAUUUGAAUCACCAAGGAGCUUGUCUUACCUACCGCAUUCAACCAUCAUUUCACGAUUGUUUGUCAUUUCAGAUGAGUUUUACCUAUUUAACUAAAUACGAUUGAUCUGUACAUGUGAAGGGGUGUUCAUUCCUUGGUAUUUAGGUAGUACAUUUUGUGUCAAGGCUACGGGGAAUUUUCAAUUCUAUACAUUACUAUUGAAAAAAUCUUGGUAUGUGGUCGACUGCCAGGAAAUGUUUGUUCACAGUAGUGAUCGGCUGAUGGUGUAGUUACAAUGACCUUACUUUAUAAAUGGCCAUAGUUAAAAGGUCCUAUCUGUAGACAGUAUAUACUAACAGUCUGUAGGGUAUACCAUAUUGGUGACCACUAUACGUAUCACUGUAUACAUAUAUUGUAUAUUUAAAAGAUAAAAUCAAAGCGACAGUUGUGUUUUGCUAAGGUUUAAAAAGAUAAAUCAACAUGCUAGUCGUUAUAUCACUGUACAUGUAUAUACUGCUUACAGUAGGGCUGUUUUAUCUAGGGUAAAUUAAUGCAUUUUAACACUUAUGUGAUGUAAAAGGAUAUGAUAGCAUUGAGUAUUAAAAGAUUUUAAGAUAAUCAUG